CCAGGCAGGUCUGCGGUAGUCCAGGGCACAUUUAUUGAUUGAAGCGCCUGCCUUAUUUCAUCAAUGGGACGAGGAGGAGUAGACAUGACACUGUGAGUUUAGACCCUUCCCACUCUGCUCCUGAUAACCCCGCAAGCCAAAGAAUGCGGAGCCAAAGCUUAGUUGGCAACUUGUGCAAUCCACGAAAGCAAAACACAAGGUCACCUUUUGUUCCAAUAUCAACUUGUACGCUCCUUUGCCAACUUUAAUGUAACACAGUCAGAAAGGCUCAAUCUCCGCCAGGCGCAAGCUGGACUCCUGCGCUGAAUUCCUCUGGUCAAUUCAACAAACUCCAGAUCAAAGAUGAAAACUCUUUUGGUUCUUUUAGUUUCUCAGUUGUCUCUCUCGCUAACGGCUCCGCUUCCCAUAGAACUGAGCACCAGGGUAGAGAGCGCCGAUGAUCCGAGCGUCAGUCAGAGUCAUGCAGAGGAGAGUUCCCAUUUCAAUCCAGCUGGGACUGAAGCAAACUACGAGUUCGAUAGAAAGUCACGUUCCCCGACACACGAAAUCUCGCCACCUUCAAACGAAGACCAGGGACCUUCGACCGUUGCAAAUAGGAGUCGGGAUUACCGUUCGGAUACAUUCUCCGAACAGUACGACUAUCAUUCACGCCGCCGGGUCCUGGGUGGCUUUGAGGAGCCGGUUUGUAGGUUACACAUGGCCGGAGGGAGCGACCGGAGGCCGAACCCUGUGGAGAUAGUCGGCCUUGUUACUGGGUACGAACGGGGGUUCAUCGAAGACGUGCGUCAGUACAGCGACGGCCACAUGGCUAGGUUUGGCAUCUGCUCAGAUUCGUCGAAUCAAAGCGCUUUGCCCUCUCUCACUAAUCUCGCUCUUCACCUGGAAGCCGGGGCGCAAGUGGUGAGACUGACGGUGCUGCACCUUUCCGAAAUGAACUGGAAAGAGCACAACCUCCAGCUCCAGUUUAAGACGGCGUAUCAAUGGGAUUUGGACCAGCCGAUGGAUGACUCAGAAAUGUCUCUUCUUGUCUUUUAUCUUGGGCAAAGGCAGGAUUAUUUCUUCGAAAACAGAGAAGGAUUCAGAUUCGCUGAGCUUCAGCUGGACGAGCACCAGACCGUGUGCUUUUAUGAGCAGACGAAAUACGUCAUCCUUAACGUUCAAGGAAUUCCUGGAAAACACUCCGAUGGGCAACUCUGCUUUGAGGUGUCUUUAAAAAUCAGCUCUCUCUCCAACGGUACCCGGCCCGUGAAGGAGAGGCUCCAGCAACUGCUUUUCGGCCUGGAUGAGAAGCGCUUCACCAGGAUGACUCCGGCUCUGUAUCUGCUCACCCGGAAAAGGAAACCCACCCUGCAGCCCUCCUGCAAUACUCUACAAGACGCGACCACUCAACUGUCCCUGGACAAACGAGCCUCCAGAACGGAGAGCGAUUGGGACGUGUCAGACCUGCUCCAUCACCCAGGGCCCUCGGGCCGUGUAUCCCCGCGUGACUUCCUGCGGCAUCUCAACAGCUUCCUGAACAUGGUGCUGGAUUACUCCACUGACUGGCGCUCCAAGUCUAUAUUCCACCUGGACAAGGAAACCAUCGAGAGUCUUCCUCACCAGUCCCUGAACAUCUCCAACAUUUAUGCGCUGGAGCUGCUGGUGGAGUUAGAGGAGCCUCUAGUGUUCCUGUUGCCGGAGAACGCCGAGGUGUUUCUCGAGGACACAUCGGGGGAGAACAGUGGCGAGAGCAGGAAGCAGGAGGAGAAGAUCCAGCGGCUCUUCCUCACCAAGAUGCAGGGCGUGAUCGCACAAGUCCUGGCGAUUCCCGUGUUUCAGAAGGAGAAGGUCUUGAAGAAGCUGAGAUACCUUUUGAAUCAGUGCAACUACCCGUUCCCUCUCCCCCAGGUCCCCCAGGUCCCGACCCGGGUCGGCGACGCUCCCAAGCCCGGCCAAAGGGAGAGGAACCGCAAGCAGAAGACCUACCACACCUUCCUGCUGCUGAAGACGCUGCAGACGGUGAAGACCUUCUGGGACAAGAAGCAGAAGCUUUUCCGCCAGAACAGGAGUGCCGGGAACCGGUCGGUGUGCAAACUGGAGGAGCUGAGCAUCGACUUCGAGCGCUUGUCUUACGACUGGAUUCUGAUCCCCAAGUUGUACAACAUCCACAACUGCGUGGGGCCCUGCAGGGUUCCCUUGAUCGGGAACGUCUCCAACCACGUGGUCCUCCUCAUCAAGAUGCAAGAGCAAGGACUGCCCACCAAGCGGGAGCCCUGCUGCGUCCCUGUGGAAUAUUCUGAGCUGCUGCUGGCUGUCGUGAGCGACCACAGCAGUGAGAUCACGAUAUACAAGAACAUGGUGGCCGAGGACUGCAAGUGCAGAUGACGCAGAUAUUUCUUCGCCCUCGAUAGCUCUCUCUGCCGGGCGUCCAAAAAAAACGGCCAUUCCUUUGGUCAACGCGUCUCAAAUCUCUCGUGCGCGCGUGUGU